AUGAGCCGGUUCCGGGAAGAGAGGGAUGAAGAAGAGGAAGAAGAAGAAGAAGAAGAAGAAGAAGAAGAAGAAGAAGAAGAAGAAGAUGAUGAUGAUGAUGAUGAUGAUGAUGACGAUGAUGAGAAGUGUCUGUUGGCAUUAAUAGACGUGGAAGUAAGAGGAAGCGUUGUCAAGAGAGCACCGAAGAGGGGAUGGUGGCUUCGCCGCAGCCUGAGGCCCUGGCGUGGCGGAGAGUCGGGACAGCCCGUCGGAGAGCAGGCAGCGGCAGAGACGGGGCAGGGUGAGGAGAAGACCACGCCUCGGAUAGCCGUGUCCCUCAGCUGCAGACGGGCGUUGGCGACAGCCCCGGGGCUGCGGAGGAACAUGGGGAGGUUGUAG